AUGUGCGAAAAAGUGCUAUUUACGACGAAGCGCAUUUCCUGUCACGUCGCCAAGGAAAAUGAUAUAGAUGCGAUUUUCGAGGAAUUUAACAACGCGCAUAAAACCCUCAAAUUUACGCUCGAGAAGGAGGAACAACAAACCAUUCGCUUCCUGGACAUGACUUUAUCUAGACAACAUGAUAAAAUUAUCAAAACAUGGUUCACAAAACAACCGGACGGACGAUACUUGGACUUCAAUUCGGAGAGCCCGUUCACGCACAAACAAAAUACAGUUUUCGCUCUUGUGGACCGCGCUCUAAAAUUAUCUGAUCCAGAAACCAGGAAGACAAGUAUCGAUGCGGUGAAAAACAUCCUCGGCAGAAACAAUUAUCCACAAGACAUACUACAUAACGCCUUCGAGAAAAGGACACAUGCAAUGUACAAUACACUACAAAACCAGAACCCCCCUGAAUCUACAUCUUCAAGAAUGGCAUCGAUCCCGUACAUACCCGGACUGAGCGAAAGGGUGGCCAGAAUCCUUCGCAAACAUGAUGUGAUUGCCGCCUUCAAACCAUGUGACAAAAUAAAGUCAACAGUUUUCACGAAAUUGAAAGACCCGAUCCCCAAAAUGAUGCAAACCAACGUCGUAUAUUCAGUACCAUGCAGCUGCGGUAAAGAAUAUAUCGGCCAAACGUCGCAAACCUUGGAAAAAAGGACCAAACAGCAUGAAAACAGCAUACGGGUGAAAAACAAACAAACUGGCCUAGCGCAACACGCACUGGAAGACGACGCUGACCACACGUUCGAUUUUGCGAAAACCCAAAUUCUGGAGAGGAUCAGCCACAAGUCGCAUAGGUUGAUUGCGGAAAAACUACACAUCAAACUGAGAGGGAACCAAUCGGUUAAUCUCCAGAUUGAUACGAAGGGAGUUUCCAAUGCCUACAACGGACUAUGGACCAAACUCAGAGAGGAGAGAGAACGAGAGAAUCCAAAAAACUCUGAUAAACCGACGUCCCGACGACAACCAGCAGCAGCAGCAGCAAUAGACUUGACUUCCUUUCCAAUUUAA